CGGCAGGCCGCCGAGGCGCUCUUCGCGCGGCACGCCCGCGUGGGAUGGCACGCGGCCCAGCGGCUCCUCAAGCGCUCGAAGCGCACCCUGCGCUUCAACGACCCGAAGUUCCCACAGCAGUGGCACCUGGACAACCGCAAGAACCCCGGAAUGGACAUCAACGUGACGGGCGUGUGGGAGCGGAAUGUGACAGGCCAGGGCGUGACAGUGGUGGUUGUGGAUGAUGGUGUUGAACACACCAUCAAGGACAUCCAGCCCAACUACAGCCCGGAAGGCAGCUACGACCUGAACUCCAAUGACCCGGACCCCAUGCCCCACCCCGACGAGGAGAAUGGCAACCACCACGGGACCCGCUGUGCCGGGGAGAUUGCCGCUGCCUCCAACAACAGCUUCUGCGCCGUGGGCGUCGCCUACGGGAGCCGGAUUGCAGGGAUCCGCGUGCUGGACGGGCCACUCACUGACAGCCUUGAGGCGAUCGCUUUCAACAAGCACUAUCAGAUCAAUGACAUCUACAGUUGCAGCUGGGGCCCAGACGAUGAUGGCAAAACAGUGGAUGGCCCCCACCAGCUUGGAAAGGCCGCCUUGCAGCACGGCGUGAUGGCCGGCCGGCGGGGCUUCGGCAGCAUCUUUGUGGUGGCCAGUGGCAACGGAGGUCAUCACAAUGACAACUGCAACUACGAUGGCUACGCCAACUCCAUCUACACGGUCACCAUUGGCGCCGUGGAUGAGAUGGGCUACAAGCCGUUCUACGCAGAGGAGUGCGCCUCCAUGCUGGCCGUGACCUUCAGCGGGGGCGACAAAUUGAUGAGAAGCAUCGCAACAACAGACUGGGAUUUGCAGAGGGGGACGGGCUGCACAGAAGGGCACACAGGCACCUCUGCCGCGGCCCCCUUGGCUGCUGGCCUGAUUGCUCUCAUGCUGCAGGUGCGUCCCUGCCUCACCUGGAGGGAUGUCCAGCACAUCAUAGUCUUCACAGCCACCAAGUAUGAAGACCAUCGUGCCCGGUGGGACACCAACCGGGCUGGGCUGAGUCACAGUCACCAGCACGGGUUUGGACUGCUGAACGCUUGGCGGUUGGUUAAUGCGGCCAAGGUCUGGGAGUCCGUCCCUUACUUGGCCUCCUACGUCAGCCCCCUUUUGAAGGAGAGCAGAGCCAUUCCCCUGGACCCGGGGCAGUUGGAAGCCACGUGGAACGUCACAGAAGCUGACCUGGAGCUGUCAGGGUUGAAGACACUGGAGCACGUGGCAGUGACUGUGAGCAUCACCCACCCUCGCCGUGGCAAUCUGGAGAUCCGCCUCCUCUGCCCCAGCGGCAUGGAUUCCCUGAUUGGGACGGCACGCAGCAUGGACUCAGAUCCCACUGGCUUUGUGGAUUGGACAUUCUCGACUGUGCGCUGUUGGGGCGAGGAGGCCCAGGGCACCUACCGGCUCACGAUUCACGACAUUGGGGAUGAGAUGCUGAGAGCAGGCAGGCUGGAUCAGUGGCAGCUGACCCUCUAUGGCUCAUCGUGGACCCCUACCCAGAUCCAGGAGCGGCAGAGGCUGCUGGAGAAGGCAAUGAACGGCCAGUUCCUGAACAAGGACUUUGUCUUGCCUUGCCCCCCGGGCCUCCGGAUCCCUGAGCAGGAGCCCUAUGCCAUCACUGCCAACACCCUCAAGACCCUGAUGCUGCUCGGCUCCUUUGCUGUCUUCUGGACCUUCUAUUACAUGCUUGAAGUGUUCCUGAUGUGCAACAACGUGGCCUUUGACCUCCCAGCCCGCAGCCGCCGGGCCGCGAAGAGCCUGGAAGAUGGAGCUGCCAUGGAGGACGCUGUACCCUUGUGCAAGGAAGUGAAGGCCGAGAUCGGAGCUGAGCAGCUGCCCCUGGGCCUGCGAGGCCUAGAGGAGGGCUGGGGAUCUCAAGGCCCACACUGGGGAGAGGAUUGCUGAACCUCCUGGAGCAGGAGCAGUCUACCUCAGCCGUGGCUUGCUGAACACGCUAGUGAUGCCUGCCCCUGCUUUCUGGUCCUCUCAGCUGUGCCCGUCCCCUCUUCCCCCCUGCAUCCGGCCAGAGUUAAUUCCUGGGUCUAAGCUGGCCAGCACAGGGGCAAAAGGACCUGUCUGGCUGGAGGAGCGGCGGGUCUGGCCUGGAGGCACAGAGGAGAGGGGCUUCUGCUGACCUGCAUGGGGCUGUGGCCAUGAACUGGUCUGUGGAGCACCUUGGUGCUCUGCUUCUCGCCCACGCUGCCUGGCAGGCCUGGUUCUGCCAACCCAUUGCCUUAUCUUGCUGUCUCCUCCCAGCUGGCUGUGCCUCCUGCCUGGAACCCAGUCCCAGAUUUUGCCACGGCUACUGUGCUUGCCUUGCCUGAGGGGCUGGGGGAGCACCGCUGGCUCCCACUGUGGCCAGGGUGGGAGCCCUGCUCCGAGGACACUGGAUUGGUUCUUCCACUGGGAUUGCUGUGACCCCCUCCGUGGGCCUUUCUGGGAUGUGGCUUUCUCUCCCAAAGUCAUCCUCCAGCUUGGAGGACGUGUUUGAUUUUUCUGGUUUUGGAUCAGCAGCAAUCAGAAUUGUUCUUUUGCACUUUUCCAGAAUAAACCCAUUAAAAUCCA